AUGCCUGGACUCGUGUCGGCGACCGGCGUGCUCGCCUUCCUUGCCGACGAGGAGCCUGAGCUCAAAGUCUUCGCCCUCCAGACCCUCAACGACGACAUUGACACCGUCUGGACCGAAGUUGCCGCCGCUCUGAGCCAGAUCGAGGCUCUCUACGAGGACGAGUCAUUCCCUGAACGCCAGCUCGCCGCUCUCGUCCUCGCCAAGGUCUACUACCAUCUCCAGGCCUACAAUGACAGCAUGGUCUUCGCCCUCGCCGCGGGCGACCUCUUCAAGCUCGAUGCCCCCGGCGAGUUUGAGGAGACCAUCAUCUCCAGGUGUAUUGACCAGUACAUCGCCGUGACCGCCGCCAAGAAGUCAUCUCCCCAAGCUUCCAAAACCACUGACCUCCCCGAGCUCGCCACCACCUUCGCUAGCGGAUCCGAUGCCGUCAUGUCCCCCACGACGCCUUUCUCGCAAACAACCCUGCCUCCCAAGUCUCUGCUAUCGCGCGAUUCCGUCGACAACACUAUGCUUGAGGCAACCUUCCAGCCUGCUUUCAAGCAGGGCCGAUCCGGCUCCAUCGCCGAGCUCCCUGACCAAGCCACCGAUUCUCUGCAAAGAGUUAUUGACCGUCUAUUCGAGAGCUGUUUGAAGCAGGGUCGGUACAGGCAGGUGGUCGGAAUUGCUGUGGAAGCCAAGAACCUCGAUGUCCUUAGACGGGUUAUCAAGCGUGCCAGUGAUGACGAGAACAACUCCAAGUCCAAGACCCAAGAGGGCACUCCCGGUCCUGCCGAGGAUCUGAUGGAGUACACUCUCGGCAUCUGCAUGGAUAUCGUCCAAGAACGAAGCUUCCGAACUGAGAUUUUGAGGUUGAUUCUUGAUCUUCUCAACGAAAUUCCCAACCCUGAUUAUUUCGCAAUCGCCAAGUGUGUCGUCUACCUCAACUCUGACGACGAGGCGUCGCGAAUGCUCCAAACCCUUGUCGAUGACGGUGAUCAAUCUUCAAUCGCAAACGCCUAUCAAAUCGCCUUCGAUCUGUACGACAACGGAACACAGGAGUUCUUGGGCAAGGUUUUGGCUGCUUUGCCUUCUGGUGAGCCUCCCAAGAAGGAGGAGUCGGAAGAGAAGGACAAGGAGGGCGAGUCAGAGCCCCUUCUUGAGGGCCAGCAGGAAGCCCCCGAGAAUGAGCUCCCCGAGGACGUGGCAAAGGCUUAUCGCAACAUUCGAUCCAUCCUUGACGGCAGCAAGACCAUCAAGUUGAACCUCGAGUUCCUCUACCGAAACAACCGAACCGACCAGAGCAUCCUCAACAAGGUGCGCGACAGCCUAGAGGGCCGCAACUCCAUCUUCCACACUGCCGUUACCUUCUGCAACGCCUUCAUGAACCAGGGCACCACCAACGACAAGUUCUUCCGUGACAACCUGGAGUGGCUCGGCAAGGCCGUUAACUGGUCCAAGUUCACUGCGACAGCCGCUCUCGGUGUCAUUCACCGUGGAAACCUGUCUCAGUCUCGUAAACUCCUUGAGCCCUAUCUCCCCCGCCAAGGUGGCCUCAGCAGUGGCUCUAUCUUUAGCCAGGGUGGUGCUCUGUAUGCGUACGGUCUUAUCCACGCCAAUCACGGUGCCGAUGCCUUGGAAUACCUGAAGACUCAGUUCAGCCAGGCUGAGGAGGAGGUUGUUCAGCAUGGUGGUGCCCUUGGUCUCGGCAUUGCUGGCAUGGCCACUGGUGACUGGGAAAUCUUUGAGAAGCUCAGGGAAAUCCUGUUCCAGGAUUCCGCCCUCAAUGGCGAGGCCGUCGGUCUCUCCAUGGGUCUCAUCAUGCUGGGCACUGGAAAUGUCAAGGCCCUUGAGGACAUGAUUACCUAUGCUCAUGAGACCACUCAUGAGAAGAUUGUUCGUGGUCUAGCCAUCGGUAUGGCUCUCAUCAUGUUCGGCCGUCAGGAGGGUGCCGAUGUUCUAAUUGACGGUCUCCUCAACGAUCCCGAUCCCACUCUGCGAUACGGUGGUAUCAUGACCGUUGCCCUUGCCUAUUGUGGCACUGGCAGCAACAAGGCUAUCCGAAAGCUCCUCCACACCGCUGUCAGCGAUGUCAAUGAUGACGUGCGCCGAAUCGCUGUCAUGAGUCUCGGUUUCAUUCUCUUCCGCAAGCCCGGAAGUGUCCCACGUAUGGUAGAGCUGCUGUCCGAGUCGUACAACCCUCACGUUCGCUACGGCUCUGCUAUGGCCCUGGGUAUCUCUUGCGCCGGUACCGGCCUGGACGAGGCCAUCGACCUCCUCGAGCCCAUGAUGAAGGAUCCUACCGACUUUGUGCGACAGGGUGCUCUUAUCUCCCUCGCCAUGAUCAUGGUGCAACAGAACGAGGUUAUGAAUCCCAAGGUCUCCGCCAUUCGCAAGACGCUCAAGAAGGUGGUUGGCGAUCGUCAUGAGGAUGCUAUGACCAAGUUCGGUGCGGCCCUCGCCCUCGGUAUCAUCGAUGCUGGUGGUCGCAACUGCACCAUCGGCCUACAGACCCAGACCGGGAACCUCAACAUGGCUGGUAUCGUCGGUAUGGCCGUAUUUACACAGUACUGGUACUGGUUCCCCUUCACCCAUUUCCUGUCCCUGAGCUUCUCGCCUACGGCCAUCAUCGGACUGGACCAUGACCUGGAGAUGCCCGACUUCAAGUUCCACUGCGCCACCCGCCCCAGCCUGUUUGACUACCCCCCUGAGCAGGAGGCUAAGGCUGAGGAGGGUCCUGCCUUGAUCGCCACUGCUAUUUUGUCGACCACUGCCCAGGCCAAGCGAAGAGCCCAGAAGAAGGAGCGCGCCCAGCGACGCGAGAGCAUGGAUAUCGACUCCGUCCCUGCUACCGGUGCCGACAAGAUGGAGGUAGAUGAGGACAAGAAGGCCGAGGAUACCAAGGACAAGAAAGAGGUGGACGAGAAGGACAGCACCGCGACUACCGAUACCAAGAAGAAGCCGGAGAAGGAGAAGGUUGGCUAUGAGAUUGAGAACAUGAGCCGUGUUCUCCCCGGCCAGCUCAAGUACAUCAGCUUCCCAGCUGGCCGAUACAAGCCUGUGAAGAAGACACAGCCUACUGGUGGCCCUCUCCUGCUCCAUGACUCGCAACCUGAGGAGUCGAAGACGCUGCUCGAGGAGAAGCUCAAAAAGGUGACGACCGAGCGUGCACCCGUUGCGGGCCAGCAGAGCGCUCGAGGUGGACGAUCUGGCGCAUCCGGCCGGUCCCUACUCGAAGGUCUUGUAGACCCGUCGCGAGCUGGAUCUAACAGCGCCAUGAUGCAGCAGUUGCUUCGGAGCCAGGGCCGUUCGCCUUUUAUGGUCGAUCCUCAGACCCCCGGAAACGGAGGCGCGGCCGCGGCGGCUGGAGUAUUGACGGCGGUGGAUGAGGAUGGUGACGAUGACGAGGAGGCCAAGGUCCCCAAGGAAUUUGAGUACUUUUCGGAUGGCGACGAGGACGAUGAGGACGACGACGAGUAGGGCCCGGCGCGUUAGGAUGUAAGUGUUCAUUGUACAACUAGACCAGCUUGACUGGCGGGGAUACAGGUGCUUUCGGAACGGGUUUGUUGUAUACUACGUCUCGGAGGGAUGUACUCCAGGAGCAAGGAAUACGGGUAGACACUAAUUACCACUUGACACUGCGGCUGCAGAUCGUCUUGAUGCUGAUUUCUGAUUUAAGAUGACUUGGUUGUGCGCAUGUGAGGUUUAUCAAAGU